AUGCUGCGGCUGGUGCUGCUGGUGCUGACGUUGGGGAGGGUCUGCGAAAGCCAGGCACCCCCGCCCAGCCCGCCCACGCAGCGUGCAGAGGAGGGCAUCCUGCUAGCCUUCAAGGCUGGCAUCACCAACUGGGAUGGGGUGGCGGCGGCCUGGGGGCUGGCUGGCUGGGAGCCCGGCGUGCCCGUCUGCACCUGGGGCGGCAUCCAGUGCAGCCCUUUUGUGGAGCAGGGCAGCCGCGUGACCGGCAUAAAGCUUGGCUGCCGCGGGUGCAGGGUGCCGCUUCGUGGGCGACUGGUGUCCAGCCUACAAAUGCUGCAGUUCCUGGAGGUGCUGCACCUGGGCAAUAACAGCUUGGGUGGCGACCUGCCAGUGGAGUGGGGAGAUCCAGAAAGCUUCCCGGCGCUUUUGGAGCUGGACCUGAAUGACAACGAGUUCACAGGGCCGUUCCCCGACUCUUGGAGCAUUGGUCCCGCCUUCAACAGCCUCUUUAACAUCCAGGCAAGCGGGCUGUUGUGGCUGCAUGGCAACAACCUGUCCGGCAUGCUGCCGGAUGCCUGGGCUGCCCCGGAAUCGUUCACUGUAAUGAAGGAGGUGACGCUUGGAGACAAUCCGGGCCUGACCGGCACCCUGCCUGCUGCCUGGGGUGCAAGGCCGGAUGCCCUUCCACUGCUGGAGCGGAUCAACGCCUCUAGAACAGGGUUGUCGGGUCCGCUCCCACCUGAGUGGGGCCCCUAUCCAAGCCAGCUGACCAAGCUGUAUAUUGACGGCAACAACAUCACUGGCACCGUGCCGGCCAGCUGGACACAGCUGGCAGCGUUGGAGCGCAUUGUGAUGCAGCCUGGCAACCCUGACAUGUGCAUCACGCUGCCCCAGGAUGCCACAUUGUCGCUGUGCGUAGCUGGCGAUUUUAUGUGCCUCAACAAGCCGGAGCCAUCCAACGCCAGCAACUGCCAAGCUGUGGCAGCGACGGCAGCCAGUGCUCCAGCCAGCGACAGCAGCUCAUUUCCUGUUGCGGCGGUUGCAGUGCCGGUAGCUGUGGUGGGUGCUGCCGCCAUUGCGGCAGUGGGCUUGUUUGCCUGGCAGCGCCAGCGCACCAGGCGUGCAGUGACCGCCGGCCUGGUCCAGCAGCUCAGUGAUGAGAACAAGGCCGAGUGGGCGCAGCAGGCAAGCCUGGCGCCACAGCGGCAGCCAUACAUCCAGAUCAUGAAGCGGCCAGAUGGCAGUGACUGGCGGCUGGGCAGCGGUGGGUUUGCCACUGUGUACAAAGCAAUGCAUAACGGAGUGCAGCCAGUGGCUGUGAAAGUGCUGAGCACGACCGUGUCACACAUGAAGCGGGCGAUGAGCCAGGCGGCCUUUGCACAGGAGAUUGCCAUCCUGCGGGCCUGUAGAAAUGCCAACAUCCUGCAGUUCCAGGGUGCAUGUGUGCUAGACAGCCGACUGGUGCUGGUGACUGAGUACAUGGAGGGCGGCAACCUCACGCAGAACCUGGCUGCUAAGAAGGUCAACUGGUACCGGAAAGGCAAAAAGAUUGCACUGCAUAUUGCCAAGGCUUUGGUCUAUUUGCACUCCCGCCGCAUCGUGCACCUCGACAUCAAGUCCGCCAAUGUGCUGCUGCAGAGGGACGGAACUGCCAAGCUGGGGGACGUAGGAUUGGCAAAAAUCAUGGCAGGCGGCUACGUGAGCGGCACUGUUGGCACCCUGGCAUGGUCUGCACCCGAGCUGCUAAUGGGGCGGCGAUGCGGCGCCAAGGCCGACAUCUUCUCCUUUGGAGUGGUGUUGUGGGAGAUUGCCACGGGGGAGAUGCCGCAGCGAGGGCAGAUGCGCGAUCCAAUGUGA